CCGGCCAAGGAGCAGUUCCUCAGCCUGACUCCUUCCUGUCUGCUGCAAGCUCUCCUUUCAGCGAACUUCCACUUUUCUCUUUCAGGGCUGGGAGAGGGUUCUGCCCUCCUUCAUCCUGACAGCAGAUCCCAUCCCAGAUCCUUAGAGAAAAGUGCCUGGAGGGCUUUCAAGGAAUCACAGUGCCAUCACAUGCUCAAACAUCUCCACAAUGGCGCCAGGAUCACUGUGCAGAUGCCACCAGCGAUCGAGGGCCACUGGGUGUCCACUGGCUGUGAAGUGAGGUCGGGCCCAGAGUUCAUCACAAGGUCCUACAGAUUCUACCACAACAAUACCUUCAAGGCCUACCAGUUCUAUUAUGGCGGCAACAGGUGCACGAGCCCCACCUACACCCUCGUCAUCCGGGGCAAGGUCCGCCUGCGCCAGGCCUCCUGGAUCAUCCGCGGGGGCACUGAGGCUGACUACCAGCUGCACAAUGUGCAGGUCGUCUGCCACACGGAGGCCGUCGCCGAGAGGCUCAGCCAGCUGGUGAACCGCACGUGCCCCGGCUUCGUGCCCGCCGGGGGCCCCUGGGUGCAGGACGUGCCCUACGACCUGUGGCGAGAAGAGAAUGGCUGCGAGUGCACCAAGGCCGUGAACUUCGCCAUGCACGAGCUGCAGCUCAUCCGCGUGGAGAAGCAGUACCUCCAGCACAACCUGGACCGCCUGGUGGAGGAGCUCUUCCUCGGGGACAUCCACACCGACGCCUCGCAGAGGAUGUUCUAUCGGCCGUCCAGUUACCAGCCCCCGCUGCAGAAUGCCAAGAACCACGACCACGCCUGCAUAGCCUGCCGCAUCAUCCACCGGUCAGAUGAGCACCGCCCGCCGCUCCUGCCCCCCCAGGCUGACCUGACUGUCGGGCUGCACGGCGAGUGGGUGAGCCAGCGCUGCGAGGUGCGGCCCGAGGUCCUCUUCCUCACGCGCCACUUCAUCUUCCACGACAACAAUAACACCUGGGAAGGGCAUUACUACCACUACUCCGACCCCGUCUGCAAGCACCCCACCUUCACCAUCUACGCCAAGGGCCGCUACAGCCGGGGCGUGCACUCCUCCAGGGUCAUGGGAGGAACUGAGUUUGUGUUCAAAGUGAACCACAUGAAGGUCACCCCCAUGGAUGCGGCCACAGCCUCGCUCCUCAACGUCUUCAAUGGGAACGAGUGUGGGGCCGAGGGCUCCUGGCAGGUGGGCGUCCAGCAGGACGUGACCCACACCAACGGCUGUGUGGCGCUGGGGAUCAAGCUACCUCACACCGAAUACGAGAUCUUCAAAAUGGAGCAGGAUGCCCGCGGCCGCUAUCUGCUGUUCAACGGCCAGAGGCCCAGCGACGGGUCCAGUCCGGACAGGCCUGAGAAGAGAGCCACCUCCUAUCAGAUGCCCUUAGUCCAGUGUGCGUCUUCUGCGCCCAGAGCCGAGGACUUCUCCGAGGACCACCGGGGUCACCAGUAUGGGAGCCGGGCGCCAGGGAGGAGCGCUCGUCCCCUGCUCCUGGCCACGCUUGCUGGCCUUUUGACUCUCCUGCAGUGGCACGUCCUCAGAUAGAAGUUGUUAAAAAGCUAUAUGUUUUUCCACACCAGGAUUCCUUACAACUUACAGGUUUUCUUUACAAAAAGGAAGGACACUUCUUGUGAUGCACUUGAAUGGCCGAGAACUGUGGCUCCUUUUCUGCUGUCCGGCCCCCUCCCUCCCGGCCUGAGUCCUGAGCAGCGCUGUUUGAAGUUCCUGCUUUGAACUCUGUCCAUGGGAUCCCAGGCCUGGGUGCCUUCUCAAGAGUAAUUGCACUUUAAGACCGCAGAGAGUGUCGAGCUAGUGUGUGUGGUAGAGGGGGCAGGGUGACAGCUAAGUCCUCUUCUUUUCUUCCCUGUAAUUAUUAUGAAAUUUCCGAGUUAAACUUAAAUGGAUAUCAGGCUAUGGCGUUUUUUGCCACUAUACCGCAGUCGCUUCCUGUCCUCCCUCAAAACUGCUUUACGACCUGGGAAUCCAGUGUGGAGUUGGUUUGGAACUGCAAUCAAGACACCUUUCAUUAAUAAAGAAGAGACUUGGGUGUAGAUAUGUACAUAGGGAAAGACACAGGGUUUAGCUUAACCACCUCGACAGCCUUUAUGCAAAAAGAGGGAAUCCAAGCUUUCAGAUGUUGAGUGCAAAAGUAUCUGUAAUUAAAGUUUCAACAUAACUUAAAGUAUCAUUGUUUUAACUGGUGGGGAAAGGAGACUCGGUUUCUGGGUGGCUGCAGGACGCACACUGCUUUAUUCCUGCUCCGUUGACGAGGGCGGUUGAGCAAAUCUCAAAAGCAGUACACACAGGAACAGUGACCUCCGGGAUGGUCACAGUGUGUUAAAUGCCACCUUACUGAUAGAAAGUGCCUGUUCCUUCCACAGUUGCCUCUUCGUGGGACCGUCGUCCUGGCUCCUGGUGGUUCUGGUGAGGGGCGACCAGACGUCUUCACUCUGCCAUCUCUGCUAACUUCAAAGAUGACUGUUCAGAGACCACGCUUUGCUGUUAAGGGGCCUGGCCGUUCAGAGAGUGCAGGGAAGGCACCCUCACGGGGGCGCUGCACUAGACCCUCAACUCGUGUGAAACCCAGGCUCUGGGUAAAGCCGCUUUCUCAUCGGACAUGCCAGCUUGACUCGAUUUCUGUCCUGCUGUUGCCUUGGCCGUGUGGCAGAGAGUCUCAGGAUCACCUUCUACAGAAUCUGUGAGUGUCUUCCUCACAGGCACUGGGAGGGCGCCUGAGUCACGUCUGCCCAUUACUUUGGAUUAUUACAAACGGUGCUGUCUGCACACCAAGUGCUAUUGCUAAUAGAGACUGAUGGAGGGAAAUAGCAAGUCACUGAAAGCCUGGAUGCAACCGGAAGUGAGCAUCAAACCAUGAUCAAGGUCAAGAGUCAUACUCGUAUUUAAAAAUUAACUUUAUGAAAUGCUGUAGCAUUCAGGAUGGUGAUAAGUUAAAUGGAUAGCAUGGAGCACCAAAGUGCUUUAUCUUUAGAAUAUAUUUUAAGUUGUGGUGCAUACUGAGGGGGUUUAUUCAAAUGAAAAUACUAACUUAAAUGUCUGCCAAGUUUCAUAAACAAAGAUGUCAACGAUACUCCCACAGAAUACAUUUUGCCUGUGGAUCUAUUUAAUACUAAUGCUAUCUUUAAAGGAUAUAAUAAAAUUAUGUGGAAAACUA